UAAAUCUCAGUGUGGAAGGCUCGAGCGUGGCAAUUGUCAAUUUCUGAUGAAACAGUGUAUUUAUCUGCUAGGCCAGUGUGUGAGGUAUAGUCGCUUAGCUCCCUUGACGGGAUUUCAUCGGAUUAGCGCAUGCAUAUCGUCCACUAGUCGACAGUAUAUAAAGGCCAGAGAUCCUGAGUGGGGAUCAAAGAGAGAAAAGGAGAAGAGAAGCUCGAUAUUGCGAAACCUUACGAAAAUGGAUCCACAGAUAGAAGCCGUGUUAGCCCCAUUCCGAGCAUCGGUCAAGGAACAGGGUGAUAUAGUUCGGAAACUGAAGUCUGAAAAAGCUACUGACAUCGAUGUGCAGAGAGCUGUGGCAGAGCUUAAACACCGCAAAAGGGCUUUGGAAGAGAAGGAGUUGGCACUGGCACCGAAGGAUGACUUUGACCGAGGGAAAAUGGAGGAUUUGUUAAAACAAAGGUUCUUCUACGACCAGUCAUUUGCCAUAUAUGGAGGCGUGAAUGGCCUGUACGACUUCGGCCCCAUGGGUUGUGCCGUGAAGGCCAACCUGCUGCAAACUUGGAGGAAGUUCUUCAUUCUAGAGGAGCAGAUGCUGGAAGUGGACACUGCCAUGUUGACCCCGGAGGUUGUGCUCAAAGCAUCAGGUCACGUUGACCGUUUCCAGGACUACAUGGUAAAGGAUUUAAAGAACGGAGAAUGUUUCAGAGCUGAUCAUCUCAUUGAAGCUCACCUGGAAAAACUGUUGUCUGACAAGAAAGCAUCCGAUGAAGUGAAGGAAGAAAUCAGGAAGAUCCUGCCAACAAUUGACGGUAUGAGCAAGGACGACAUGGGGGAAUGCCUCCGCAAGUACAACAUGAAGUCGCCCGUGACCGGCAAUGAUCUGUCCGACCCCAUGGAGUUCAACCUGAUGUUUGCCACGUCCAUCGGCCCUACUGGCCAGCUCAAGGGGUUUUUGAGACCAGAAACGGCCCAAGGUAUUUUUGUCAACUUCAAGAGGUUGUUGGAGUUUAAUGCUGGGAAGCUGCCAUUUGCUGGGGCACAGAUCGGCAACUCCUUCAGGAAUGAGAUCUCACCACGAUCAGGACUCAUCCGAGUCAGAGAGUUUACGAUGGCAGAGAUCGAGCACUUCUGUGAUCCAGACUCUAAGGAUCAUCCCAAGUUUGCGGACAUUGCUGACCUCGAGUUCCCAUUGUACUCUGCCUGUAACCAGAUGGACGGCAAGCCCCCAGAGGUCACCAAGAUUGGCGAGGCAGUGAAAACAAAACUGGUAGCCAAUGAGACCCUAGGCUACUUCAUGGCACGGAUUUUCCUGUUUUUGACCAAAGUUGGUGUUGACCCCAAGAGGUUCCGAUUCCGACAGCACUUGUCCAAUGAGAUGGCUCACUACGCCUGUGACUGCUGGGACGCUGAGAUGAAGACAUCCUACGGUUGGAUCGAGUGUGUGGGCUGUGCUGACCGGUCGUGCUAUGACCUCACCCAACACACCAAGGCCACCAGUGUCAAGCUGGCAGCAGAGAGGAAACUGCCCGAACCAAAAACAAUCAGCGUAUACGAGUGUGUGCCGGAGAAGGGCGGCCUGGGCAAGGCUUUCAAAAAAGAUGCCAAGGCGGUGACAGCUCACUUGACUGGGAUGAGUGGGGAUGAGUUGUCUACCCUUGAACAGGCACUGCAGGAUAAGGGAGAAGCUGAGAUUAAGGUGGAUGGGCAGAAGUUUACUGUGAAAAAGGAAAUGGUGACUUUCAAAAAAUAUGACAAAACCAUUCAUGUGGAGGAGAUUGUCCCAUCUGUGAUAGAACCCUCGUUUGGUAUUGGGAGAAUCAUGUAUUCGGUCUUUGAGCACAACUUUAAAGUCCGAGAAGGUGAUGAGCAGAGAACAUACCUGACGCUGCCGCCAAUCAUCGCCCCCUACAAGUGCUCCCUGCUGCCCCUCAGUAACAACCCAGACUUCGCCGCCUUCAUCAAGCAGCUGUCCCAACAACUGACUGAGUUAGACGUGUCACACAAAGUGGAUGACAGUGGCGGCUCUAUUGGACGCCGGUACGCCCGUACCGACCAGAUUGCCAUCCCCUACGGCAUCACCAUUGACUUCGACAGCCUGAAGACUCCACACACCGCCACCCUCCGGGAGAGGGACACACUGAAGCAAGUCAGGGCACCGAUUGAAGAGCUACCCGAGAUAGUGCGUGAUUUGGCUGUGGGUCGGAGGACGUGGGAGAACGUGCUGAACAAUUACCCCCUGUUUGAGCAGCAGGAGGCCAGUUCCAAGUGAACAACUACCACCCCCCGAACAAUACGUGGCAGUGAAAGUUCAUGAACAAUUCUGAAGUGCCAAAUGCCGUUUGGCACCCGCUUCUUGAGAAGCUGUGAUACAUAGAAUGGAGGAAGGGACAUGCUUUUCUAUUUAUGUGCAUCACACAGCAUGUGGGAGCCACAAAACGAUCGACAGAGGUGUGUGCAGCUGUAGCAGUUGCCAACAAGUUCCAUGACAACUUGCCAUGGAAACGUUUAAAGUUCCUUAGACAACAGUACCAUGGCAACUUAUAUGGUUGUCCGGCAACAGUUACCAUGUCAUGGAUUCUGGCAGCUGUUGCCAUGGUGAUUUGAAAUGGUUGCCUGGCAGAGGAAGGUGAAGGUAGUGAGACUCAGGAAAGAUGAACAAGACAAAGGUGCUCAACGACCUCAUAUAGUCAUCAUUCCAGCAGGACUUGAUGCAGGAUUCACAAACUAUCACGGCUCCUUUGCAGUGCAAGGAAAAUUUACACACACUGAAACUUUACGAGCAUGUGCAAUGUUUACUGAAAUUAUUUUCCAAAUUUAUAAUUUCAUUCUUUAUGGGAAGGGUUUCAAGGUAUGUUCUGUUACAUUUGUAUGUAAUAAACCACUCCAUUUGAA